CAAAGCCGGAGCGCGAUCCGCCCCUUUCGUUUGCUCUUCAAGCUGAAAAUGGCAGCCGUGACAGGGGCGCUCCGAAGGUUACUGAAACCCUCCGGUGGUUGGACCGGUGCCACCAUAUGGAGAGCAAGCGCGGUGGCCGGAAGGUGUUUAUCAGCAGCGGCGAGUGGGCGGAAGUGCACAGCCGACGCCAAGCCCUCUGUGCCUCGGCUAUAUUUCAGUACUAGUGCUGCAAGGUUUGUUCCUGCUGUCACUCAGCGUGCUCCAUUUUUUAAGGGGACAGCUGUGGUGGAUGGAGAUUUCAGGGAGCUCAGUUUAGAUGACUUUAAAGGAAAAUACCUCGUUCUUUUCUUCUACCCCUUGGAUUUCACUUUCGUAUGCCCAACAGAAAUUAUAGCUUUUAGUGACAAAGCAAAUGAAUUCCAUGAUGUGAAUUGUGAAGUUGUUGCUGUAUCAGUAGACUCUCACUUCUGUCACCUGGCAUGGAUAAAUACACCACGAAAGACUGGUGGUUUAGGCCACAUGAAUAUCCCACUUCUAUCAGAUUUAACAAAACAGAUUUCCCGAGACUAUGGUGUUCUCAUAGAAAGCUCUGGCCUAGCGUUAAGGGGCCUUUUUAUCAUUGAUCCUAAUGGUGUUGUCAAGCAUUUAAGUGUCAAUGAUCUCUCAGUGGGUCGCAGUGUAGAAGAAACACUUCGGUUGGUGAAAGCAUUCCAGUAUGUAGAAACACAUGGAGAAGUCUGUCCAGCAAACUGGAUUCCAGACUCCCCUACGAUUAAGCCAAACCCAGAAGAUUCAAAAGAAUAUUUUUCAAAAGUAAAUAAAUAAAAUGAUGAGCAGUACGGGAUUAAUGGUUGAAUCUAUUUCCUGAAGCCAAAAUCAAUCAUCCUGUGAGACUAGCCCUGAUGAUAAUGAAAACCACAGAAUAUUUUCUACUUUGCUAUGAUGAAUGUCUAAAUGUUCACAGGGCUUUGGCCCUCCCUCAUAGGCCAAUUAAUUUAACCCCAAAUUAGUUUAAAAGGACAUAUUUCCUACACAAAAUACUAGAAAAUAAUUCUCAUUUAAAAAUCAUUCAUUUUGAAGUAAAAAUAUCUGCAUUUUGUAUUUAGUGUGGAAAAAUAGUGAUGCUUUUUAGUUUGUAGUAUAUUCAGGUUUCCUAUCUUUGUAAACAAUGAAACUGUAACCCAAUUCACGCACAUUGAGUAAAUUAGUUGCAUUCAUAGCAUGAAUCUUCAUGGUUCCUUUUUUUAACUCCCUUGAGAAACAACCAACACAGAUGUCUCUUUGGGAAUUAUCUUUGUGAACUAAUAAUGAAAUAAUCAUGAUUAUUCAGCAUAAAAAAGAGGCUAUUAAAUAUUUUGGAAUACUGAAAUGAAAAAAUAAAAAAUUUAGGAAGAGUA